CCUGGUCCCUACUGUUCAGGACUUUCUUCACCAAACACUCCCCAUCCUCCUCAUCGUCCAAACAGCCCAAGAUGAACGCCCAAAUGGCCAACCUCGCCAUCUCACUAGGUGGUAUGCAAAUCGCACGCAAGAUCCCUAUGGACAAGGACCCCCAGAUCCUGAUGUACGUUCGGAUUGGGUAUGUUGCGGCCCAGCUUCUCUGUUUGGCGGUGUACUACUAUACGUCGAUGAAGAUCAAGCAGAAGAACGAUCAAACGGUGUUGAAGUACGUGGAAGCUAAGAACCCGAUGUCGCCAGAUUCUGGGGGAUUGGUCACCACCACUGUCCGGGAUUACGACCUCGCCGAAGUGUCUAAAGCUGUCCGCGGUGUCUACAUGGGUGUAGGGAUGAUGGCCGUCCUGCACCUCUACAUGAAGUUCAACCCGCCGCUGUUCGUGCAAACCCUGACCGCUCUCAAGGGAAUCUACGACGCGAAGGUUGUUCAGAUCCACCUGUUCGGCAAGGCCGCGACUGGGGAUCUUAAGAGGCCGUUCAAGGUUGGCGGCCUGUUCGGCGCGGCGUCCGACCCUGCAACGGACGCGGCGAGCAUCAAAGAAGCUGAGAGCAAGCCCGCGCCAAAGAAGGAUGAGUGAGCGUCGGCACGGUCUGGGGCUAAAAUGCUCUUGCAUGAGCAGGGUAGAGCAAAGGAGGGGAUUAGGUUAGGCUAUGUGCUUUUUUCUAUGAAUGAGGUAGAGAGCGCAGGGAUGUGUUCGGAUACGUUUUUGUGUACAAGUUCUUUGCACAGUGGUUUAAUCUCCCACCGGCUGCGGCCCUCUUCCCCGCACUCGUCCUGGCCGUACGACUGCUCCCAUGUAGCAGAACAGCAUUAUGAACAUUUUGCCUCGCUGCUAACAACCAAGUUGUUCCAACACUGAACCUACUCCUCCAGUGUAUACCCGACGAUGCUCCUCCUGCCGACCAUCUCACCGAUCUUGAAUAUCCCGUAUGCUUCAAGGGCAUACACGCCCAGCUUGGCCCAUGCACCAGAACGCAGCACUUCACGCCAGUAGUUCAUGUUGCUCACACGGGAGAAGAGCGUGCUGUAUGCUUCGGUCCAUGCGGAGCCAUUAAGAGGAGGCGCGAGCUUCUCAGCGACGUACACCUGCUUGGCAAUUUCGCGCAGGACGGCGAGGUUGUAGAAUAGUGGUUCGCGGUAGCUUCCAAGUAAGCUGCCCAGCCUGUCUCCUACUGCACCCCCGAGCUUCCCUAGACCGACAAGCGCCUCCCCUGCUCGCUCCUGCGCCUGUUCUACGGCAGACUUGGUCGUUGCUGCUGCUUGUUUCUCAGGCUCGGUAGAUGCGAACCGGCGGAAUGCGGGAUUGCGCAGGGUGGUGCGUAGUGCUGGCGAUCGGAGGAAUGACAUAUUGGGAUUUGGGAACAAAAGGGUUGGAUAGGAAUGCUCGGCCCUUCUAUGCUGUGGGCGGAGCUGUUUUGGGUAAAGGGAGGCCGAGGAGGACGGCGA